GGCAAAUGCAUACUAUGGGCUAAUGUGUCCAACCGGUACAAUGUUGUAGCUGAAACGAGCGAUUGUUUAUUGAAUUUACGACGAUGUGGGUGGCGAGACGGCUUCUGUCAUCGGUCGCUCAGAGAAGUCGGUACACGGGUCCGUCGGGUCUGUUCCGCCGCCCGAAGCACGGCUCCCUCCCCGAGCUGGAGCUGCGGUACCUGCAGUGCACAUGCUGCUGGAGGAGCCGGGUCCCCGUGGCCGGCUUCGAGACCCUGAACACCAUCAUCUCCGCCGAGCCCUGCAAGGAGGACCCCUGCAAGGAGGAAUCCAGCAGGCCCCUGGACGCCUUCUACACCUCCGAGCAGCGGGACGCCAUCCUCCAGCUGCUCAACAACGCCUCCCUGUCGGAGCUGGCCAGCGUCAAGCUCCUCAGGGGCCGCAAGUCGCUCAACAUCGUGGAGUACAGGACCACACACGGGCCCUUCCGAACCCUGGAGAGUUUGGUGAAGGUGCCGCUGCUGAAGCACAAGAGCGCCGUCACCGUCUUCAACUCCAUCCUCAACCCGGUCAAGAAGGAGAGGAAAGUGAGGAUCCAGCUGGCCAAGUUCAUCAGGCCGGAGGUGGACAGGUCCUGGCUGGAGGAUGCCAGCUCCAUAGUAUCAAUAAUAUGCGGGACUAAUAAAAUCGCCUGGGCACAUGUGGACCGUGGGAUGAUCGUACAGGAUUGGCAACAACUGGAAUGUCCCAAUUUCUUGAGGGGGACUUACAUGGCUUCUUCUUACUUGAAUGAUGUUUCUACAGUUGUGUCGCUCCUCCCGUCGGCUGACUUUUACAUUAUAGAGAAAUCCUCCAUCUCAGUGCAGAAUACGGCUCUGUUCCCCAUCAUGGCUCACAUGAGGACAGUGGAGGCCAUCCUGUUUGCUCUGCUGGAGCCUAAGCACUCGGAGCCAGAGACUAACAUUCCUCCCAGAGUGUUGAACAUGAUGCGAACCGCUGUGGGACGCCACUUUGGUCUCAUGGUGGGCGAGUCUCGGACCAGCGGCGCCCAGGCAGUGCGUCAGCUAAUGACUGAGUCUGUUACGCAGAAGCUUCCCAGGAUAAACUUUCCCCCAGAGCUGCUCCUCAAGUACAGGAACCACUUCCAGAUUGGGAGCAGAAGAGGAGGAGAGGAGCUCUGCGACGCUCUCCUUCAGGCUCUAGCGUUUUUCGAGCUGCUCAGUGAAUCUUCCAGUUAGCCGCCUCCUGGACGGAUAUAUGCUGGUGGUUGAUGGUUUUUUAAAAUAUUGAAUAUUGUACUGGUCACAGACAGUGCUGCAGUACUGGUUUCAGGAUGUUGAGCCUGAUGGUCGCUGUCCUUCUUGUUCACCUGCUCAAACUACUUUCUGUGAUGUUACCUUCUAGUGUCUUAAGGACUUUCAAUUUUUUUCUAUUAAAAAAGAAAAAUAUCCAUGUCUGCAUAAAUACUUUUUUAUUCUUUAAAAGGGUGACGCCUAAAAAUAUUU